CUGGAGUUUAAAUAAAAAAAACACUUUUAAUUUGUUUUUUAAGUUUUUGUUUGAUAUCCAUUUUAAAUUUUGUUUUUUCAAAGAUAAUUAUGGCUCAGAAAAGUAUUACAUCGUUUUUUACAAGUCUUUCGUCGAAAAAAUCUACUGAAAAUAGUAAUAACGAAAAUGGUGUGAAAAAGACCGAAGAAAAUGUAUCAAAGAAACGGAAGAAAAAAAGUGAAUCAGAUGAAGAUAAUUCGAAUAAAAAAAGUGUAAAACCGAGUAAAAAACAGCAAAGAUUAUCCGAAGAUAAUAAAAAAUCACCUCUGAAGCAGCAAAAACUAUUCGAAGAUAACAAAAAAUCGCCUGAAAAACAACAUAAAAUAUCCGAAGAUAGUAAAAAUUCGCCUGAAAAGCGUACUAAAAAUGAAGAUGUUACAGAAGAUAUUAAACCAUCGAAGAUAAAAAGAAGAAAUCGGUUAAUUUCAUCUAGUUCGGAGAGUGAAAAUGAUGCCCAAAAUAAUUCCAAAGAAAAUGCAAACACCAGUGAUAAUGAAAUUGAUGAAAGACUACUCAAAACACCCGAAAAGAAAACUAAUGGUACGGUUAAAAUAGAGGAAAAUGAUUCACCGAAACAAGAAAAGAAAGCUAAUGGUGUUGUAAAAACCGAAGAAGAAAAUAGUGAUUCACCGAAAAAAACACCAGAGAAAAAAUUUAAUAGCUUCUUUGCACCAAAAAAAUCAAAGUCUCCAAAAGUUGAAGCCAAUAAAAGUGAUGAAACAAAACCAACAGAUAAUUCUAAAACUGGAGUUAAGAACUUAUCACUGAAUCCAGUUUCGAAAAAUGAAAUCGAGUAUAAUCCAACAUUAGUUAAAUAUCAUCCAAUCGAAAGUGCUAUUUGGAAACGUGGCGAAAGAGUCCCAUACAUUGCAUUAGCUCGAACCUGGGAAGAAAUUGAAAAUAUAUCAGCCCGUUUAAAAAUGAUUCAAUAUUUAAGUAAUUAUUUUCGAUCAGUUCUCGUAUUAACUCCAGAUGAUUUAUUACCAUCAGUAUAUUUAUGUCUAAAUAAAUUAGCUCCUGCCUACGAAGGUUUGGAAUUAGGAAUUGCUGAAACGACAUUAAUGAAAGCAAUUGCACAAACAACUGGCAGAACUGUUGCACAAAUUAAAUCCGAUGCUCAAUCAACUGGUGAUCUUGGAAUUGUUGCCGAACAAUCACGAAGUAAUCAACGAAUGAUGUUUCAACCAGCUAAACUUACCGUUAAAGUUGUUUUUGAUAAACUAAAAGAUAUUGCACAAAUGACUGGCCAUGCUUCUAUGGGAAAGAAAGUCGAUAAAAUUCAAUCGAUGUUUGUUGCAUGUCGACAUUCUGAAGCCAGAUUUUUGAUACGUUCGUUAGGUGGAAAAUUACGUAUUGGUCUUGCCGAACAAUCAUUGUUACAAGCGUUAGCUUUAGCAUUUUCAACAACACCACCCUGCCAAGAUUAUCCACCAGAAGAGAUUAAUGUAGCAAAGAAAAUGUCUGAGGAUGCAUUUAAGCAACAUUACGAUAAGAUUGCUUCCAUUCUUAAAACGACUUAUUGUGAAUGUCCAAAUUAUGAUAUGAUUAUACCAGUGAUUCUCAAACAUGGCGUACUUGAUUUACCAAAUCAUUGUAAAUUAACUCCAGGUGUACCGCUCAAACCUAUGUUAGCCAAUCCUACAAAAGGUGUUCAAGAAGUUUUGACCCGUUUUGAUAAUAUUAAAUUUACAUGCGAAUGGAAAUACGAUGGCGAAAGAGCUCAAAUCCAUAUUUCAGAAGAUGGUAAAGUAUCGAUAUUCAGUCGAAAUCAAGAGAACAACACCACAAAAUAUCCAGAUAUUAUCUCUCGAAUACCAUUAUGUAAAAAAGAUACCGUAAAAUCAUGUAUCCUUGAUUGUGAGGCGGUUGCUUGGGAUGAUGAGAAAAAACAAAUUUUACCCUUCCAAGUGUUAAGUACACGUAAACGUAAAGAUGCAAACGAAGCUGAUAUUAAAGUAAAAGUUUGCGUGUUUAUGUUCGAUUUGUUGUACUUAAAUGGCGCACCAUUAGUACGUGAACCAUUUUUAGAGCGUAGAAAUUUAUUACGUGAACAUUUUAUGGAGAAAGAAGGCGAUUGGCAUUUUGCUACGUCAAUGGAUACAACGACCAUGGAAGAAGUACAAGAUUUCUUAGAGGAGAGUGUUAAAGGCAAUUGUGAAGGGCUUAUGGUGAAAACUUUAACAACGGAUGCUACGUAUGAAAUAGCAAAACGUUCACGAAAUUGGUUAAAAUUGAAGAAGGAUUAUUUAGAAGGUGUUGGAGAUACAAUCGAUGUAGUAGUGAUUGGUGGUUAUUUGGGUAAAGGAAAACGUACUGGAACUUAUGGUGGUUUCUUGAUGGCAUGUUACGAUCGAGAUAACGAAGAAUUUCAAAGUAUAUGCAAGCUGGGUACAGGUUUCAGUGAUGAAGAUUUACAAAAACACACCGAAUUCCUUAAAGAACAUAUUAUACCAAAACCAAAAUCGUACUAUCGAUACGACACAUCACAUGAACCAGAUCAUUGGUUUGAUGCCGUCCAAGUAUGGGAAAUAAAAUGUGCUGAUUUAUCGUUAUCGCCUGUACACAGAGCAGCACUGGGAAUUGUUGAUCCAGAAAAAGGUAUUUCUUUACGAUUCCCACGAUUUAUGCAUAUUCGUGAUGAUAAAUCACCAGAAGAUGCAACUAGUUCACGACAAAUUGCAGAUAUGUACUCAAAUCAAGAUCAAAUUAAAAAUCAACAGGGCAAUCAAAUUACAAAUAUUGAGGACGAAUUUUAUUAAA